AUGCUGAAACAGAGCGAGAGGAGGCGGUCUUGGAGCUACAAGCCCUGGAAUACUACGGAGAGCGAGGACGCGUCCCAGGCAGGGGGCAGCCAACACCGCAGGAGCAUCUGCUCCGUGGGAGGCCGUUCCGGCUCCCAGGCCAGCAUCCCAGCCUGGACCGAGGGCAACUACAACUACUACAUCGAGGAGGACGAGGAUGGGGAAGAGGAGGAUGAGUUGAAGGACGACCUGCCCGAGGCGGACCAGCAGCCAGAGGCGGCCACCACCGCCCAGUCCGAAGGCUGCCCGGACUCUCCGGCCGUGUCGUCCACGCUGAAAGUGAACGUAGGUGGCCUCAGCUACCGCCUGGACUACAUUGAGCUGGCCUGCUACCCCAAGACGCGCCUGGGCCGCCUGGCCACCUCCACCAGCCGCAGCCGCCAGCUGGCCCUGUGUGAUGACUACGAGGCGCAGACGGACGAGUACUUCUUCGACCGCGACCCAGCCGUGUUCCAGCUCGUUUACAACUUCUACUUGUCAGGCGUGCUAAUGGUGCGCGACGAGCUGUGCCCGCGCAGCUUCCUGGAGGAGCUGGGCUACUGGGGCGUGCGACUCAAGUACACGCCGCGCUGCUGCCGCAUCUGCUUCGAGGAGCGGCGCGACGAGCUCAGCGAGCAGCUCAAGAUCCAGCGCGAGCUGCGUGCCCAGGCGCAGGCUGAGGAGGCCGAGGAGCUCUUCCGAGACAUGCGCUUCUACGGGCCGCAGCGGCGCUGCCUCUGGAACCUUCUGGAGAAGCCCUUCUCGUCAGUGGCCGCCAAGGUCAUCGGGGUGGCCUCCAGCCUCUUCGUGCUUGUCUCCGUCGUAGCGCUGGCGCUCAACACGGUGGAGGAGAUGCAUCAACACACGGAGCAGGGCGCGGGCGGCGGCGACCCGAGGCCCAUCCUGGAGCACGUGGAGAUGCUGUGCAUCGCCUUCUUCACGCUGGAGUUCCUGCUGCGCCUCGCCUCCACGCCCGACCUGCGGCGCUUUGCGCGCAGCGCCCUCAACCUGGUGGACCUCGUGGCCAUCCUGCCGCUCUACCUGCAGCUGCUGCUUGAGUGCUUCACCAGCGAAGACCAACAGCACGGCAAGGGCUCACCACUGGAACACGACCUGGAGACCGUGGGCCGCGUGGGCAAGGUGGGCCAGGUGCUGCGCAUCAUGCGCCUCAUGCGCAUCCUCCGUAUCCUCAAGCUAGCGCGCCACUCCACCGGGCUGCGCGCCUUCGGCUUCACGCUGCGCCAGUGCUACCAGCAGGUGGGCUGCCUGCUGCUCUUCAUCACCAUGGGUAUCUUCGCCUUCUCCGCGGCUGCCUACUCCGUGGAGCACGACGUGCCCGGCACCAACUUCACCAGCAUCCCCCACGCCUGGUGGUGGGCAGCGGUGAGCAUCUCCACUGUGGGCUAUGGAGACAUGUACCCAGAGACCCACCUAGGCAGGCUUUUUGCCUUCCUCUGCAUUGCUUUUGGGAUCAUCCUCAACGGGAUGCCCAUUUCCAUCCUCUACAACAAGUUCUCCGAUUACUACAGCAAGCUCAAGGCUUAUGAGUACACCGCCAUCCGAAAGGAAAGGGGAAAGGUGGACUUCGUGCAGAGAGCCAGAAAGAAGAUGGCUGAGUGUUUGGCUGGAAGCAACCCCCAGCCCACCUCAAGGCGAGAGAAUUAA